GAGGAAGGGGAAGUCUUAGUAAGUACUCCAUAAGUACUUUCAAUUUAUGACAGAAUGACAACGACGUGGACUGCCUCGAGUUCACCAGCACCGGCCUCCACUGCUGAGAGCAUGUUCUGGCUGUUCCCAUCUCUCCUGCUUGUCUUCUGCCUUGGCCCAGGGCAUGUAGUUUCACAAAACAGCUUAAUCCCAUCGACGGUGAAUGGAGUUCUGGGGGAGUCAGUAACUCUUAUCUUGAAGUUUCCUGAAGGAAAGAAGGUCAGUGCCAUCACCUGGCUUUGCAAUGGAACAUCUAUCGCCUUCAUAAAUCUAAAUGAAGCCAAAAGUCCAUUCAUCCAAGUGACUGAUCCAAAAUGGAGAAAGCGACUGAACCUCACCCAGUCCUACUCCUUGCAUCUCAGCAACCUGACGAUGGCAGACACAGGAUCUUACAGUGCCCAGAUGACCACAGAGGCCUUUGCAACACUUUCCAGCUACACUCUGAGGAUCUUCGAAAAACUGAGGAACAUAAACAUUACCAGCCACAGUGAACUAUCCGGGAAUAGGACCUGCGAGAUACACCUGACCUGCUCAGUGGAGAAUCCAGAUGACAAUGUCUCAUUCAGGUGGCAGGCCUCAGGAAACAUACUUCGAAAGGAACCGAACCUCACUAUCUCCUGGGACCCCCAAAAUUCCAGUGAACAAAAAUACACCUGCAUAGCUGAGAACCCCAUUGGCAAUUUAUCCUCCUCUGUCUCUGCCCAGAACUUCUGCAAAGGUUUUAAUAAAAAUCCACAUGCAGGUAUCAUACGGACUACGGUGAUUGUGGCUACUGUGCUAUUCAUAGUCUUCAUUGGGCUGUGUUUAUUCUUUGUUUGCAGGGGGAAAAAAGGUUCCCAUUAUUGGUCUCCACGGCAAGGCCAGGGUCCCGAGUCCACGAGGAACACAGAGAAUGUUUCCGUCUCUCCAGCCAGCAGCACUGUGUAUGCUUCAGUCACUCAUCCCAACAGGGAAACAGAAAUCCCAACACCUAUGAAAAACAAUGAUUCUGUCACAAUUUACUCUACAAUUAAUCAUUCCAAACAGAGUAAACCCACUUUUCCCAGGGAAACUGCCUUUGACAAGGUCAUAUAAGUUUCUGAAAGGUCUCAAAGGAACUCGAGAAUGAUACAUCUUCUCCUGAUCCCAUGGAGAGGACAAAGAGCAGGAAGCUUGAGUUUGUGCCUGGCAACAGAAUCUGAAUAUCUAGGAUUAUCACCUCCAGUCCUUCAGACUUGAACCUGCUUACCUAGGUCAUAUACCUAAGGAUAACAUCAUUUCCAGCAUGUGAUCCAAAUAUUUUCCAGUCCACUCUGGACCAAAACAUGCUUCAGAUAACACAACUGAGUACUGACUUUCUCUUUGGUAACUGAACAAAUGGAAUUAUGGUUGACAGAGAGAUUAUGGAUUUCGGAUUUUUGGAUUUGGUGUGCUCAACUUGUACAACAUUUACCAGACAUACCACCUGAGACAUAUUACCCAACCUCUUGGAGCUUUUGUCUCCUAAACUGAAAAAAACGGGAGGAUGGUAAUACAUCAGCUCCAUUGCUCAAGCCAAGAAUCUAAGUCAUACUUGACUCCAGCUUCUCUAUCACCAGGCCCUUUGGACUCUA